ACAUAACUUUAUUUGCCAUAUGAGCGGCGUUAUCCAUCUUUGUAGAAAGGUGUUGAUAGGUUUGCAUUUGGUAGAAAACUGUGACGUGCAGCUAGCUACCUUGCUGGGCUAUAGCUAACGUUAGCAAACUAGCAUUCAGUGAAACUUAAAAGGUUAAACGUUUCCUCAGUUUUUACCAGUUGGUGUUUCUGAUGUAUUCGAUCUCUAAUAAUUGCCUGUUAGUUAAAUAACUAUUAAAUAGUUGGUUUACGAGCACGUGCGCGACAAAGCUGCACUCCACCUUUGCAAAUCUAACAAAUCGAUCACUCAUUGGCUCUUAUUAUUGGACGUUGCACAAAGAAAGUGUUUAUUAUUAGUCCAGGUAUUGUUGCAGAAUGAGUUAGGCAAUGACCAGUGGUGGAAAAAGUACCCAAUUGUCAUACGCUGUGAGUGACACUGCCAGGGAGGAAUGAGGAUACGGCUGCAGGGCUCAGGCCAUGCCGCCGGCCUCCUCACCGAGCUCAAUCACUGCCGUCUCUCCCGCCUCUUCUGUGAUGUCAUCCUUCAGGUGGGGAGCCGCUUCUUCACAGUGCACCGUGCGGUGCUCGCCUGCGCUGGGACACACUUCCGCAGCCUGUUCUCAGGUAGGGGGAAACAGAUCGGAACCUCUGGAGCCGGAGCUACAACAACGUACUCUCUGGACUUUGUGUCCCCGGCCAACUUUGAGAAGGUGCUGACGUUCAUCUACACCGGAGAGAUCUUCACAGACCUGAUAGAUGUAGGGGUGCUGUAUGAGCUGGCAGAGAGGCUGGGGGUGAGAGAGCUGGUGAGAGCCUGUCACACUAACUUCCCUGACCUGCAGCAGCUGGGCUCAGGGUCUGCAGACUGUGUGGCGGAUGGAGACCUGGACCCUGACAUGGUUGCUGCUGCAGCUGGGUCAUCAAUGUGCUCGUCGUCUGCAGCAUCUUGUUCCUCUCUGUCGUCAUCUGCUGGUCCCUCAGCUGCUCCUACCCCGGCGGCAGCACCAUCACCUCUCCCUCUCCCCCAGGGCAGCAAGGUGGCCAGGCUGGGCCGGGGUGGUGGACACACAGCCACUCUGUGCCUGCCUCUCAAAGCAGAGGAUGAGCAGUCUCACCUGGGCUAUGGACAGAUGGGCUAUGGACAGAUGGGCUAUGGACAGAUGGCCGAAGACAAACAGCUACAGCUGGCUGGAGAUCAGCAGAGUUCAGUAGGUAGUCUCUCCACUGUAGCUGUUGGGGCCACCCCAGGACUUCUCCUUCCCUUGCAGCUGAAGACUGAGGAGGGCGUGGAGGUGGUGAUGGGAGACAGGGUUGGUAACAGUGAGGAGGAACAGAUGGUAGCUAGUGGGAGUAGAGCUGGUUCUCCAACUCCAUGUGUGUCUGACGCCUGCUCCUUCCCUGACUCGUCAGCCCAGCUGGGAAGGGUGGUCUGUGGGGUGGAGGCUCCCUGUGCCCCCUCCUCCUUUGGAGACCCCCUGGACAGUCUGCAGUUGGGGGGGGUGGGUGGGCUUAGCUCUGGCCACAAAGGGGUCAUCUUCGAAGGGGAGGAGAAUGAAGAAGAUAAUGAGGAAAAGAGAGAACAGCUGCAGGGAGAUGAAGGGACUGACGGAGGAGGGGACCAGUGGAGACCCCUGGCUGAAGAUGUCAUUGAGCUGAGCGAUGACGAGAAUUACAUGGAGGAGGAAGAAGAUGAGGAGGACGAUGAAGAUGACUUUGUGUGUGUGGAGAAUGGAGCAGUGGUUAGCAGAGAGGGAGUGAAGCCUGGCCAGAUGUCGGGUAUGGUGGCGUGUAAAGCCUGUGGGAUGGAACUGUUAACAGAGUCUGCUGCCCUGAGGGCCCACGCGGAGACCCAUCUCACUGAGACAGGGACCUGCAGAGUGUGUGGGGCAUCUUUCCCCGGGGACCGCGGGGCCAGCAUCACCCACGCCCUGUCCCAUGUGGUGUUCUCCUGUGACAUGUGUCAUCUCCAGUUCUGCAGCCAGGCCAAGCUGGUACGCCACAGACGCCAGGCGGCUGCUCAGUACACCCUCCCCAGUCAGCUCCACAACGCCACCCAGGGGCACAAUGGGGAGUUGCAGUGUGCCGUCUGUAACAAAACCCUCACCAAGGAUUUCCCGGUCAUCAGGGAUCACCUGCUGAGUCACGUGUCUAUCCAGUCACUGAGCUGUGGUGUGUGCCUGUUACCCCAGCCRUCCCUGUGUGCCCUGCUGUGGCACGCCCUCACCCACCUCUCCCUGCCAGUCUACUCCUGCCCGCUCUGCGCCUGCGGCUUCCUGGAUCGCCCUCUGCUGGACAGACACAUGGCCCUGCAUGCCGAGGAGGCAGAAACUGACAGAGAGGCCAUGAGGGCUCAUAAAGCAGCCGGGGCAGAGGGAGAGGAGGAGCUGCGUUGCUUCUUAUGCCCAGAGACCUUCCGCUCUGGCACAGCCUUCCAGUACCACCUGAGUUUUCACACCAACGAGACCCAGCCCCAGGGGCAGGGCCAGGGCAGUCAGGGGUGGACAGGGAAACGUAAGGCUGACCAGCUGGAGUACUCCUGCUGCUCCUCCCCCCUGGAGGCUGGCAGCCUGGGGAAGCUUGGCAACAUGGGCUUCGACCUGGGGAUGGGCUCCUUCCGCCUCUCAGACAAGCUGCUUCAGGGGGCUGUGGCAUCUGGCUUCUCCGCAGGCCUCCUGUCCAAUGGGAACUCCUCUAGCAUUAGUGGGUCGGCCAUGGGCGCCGCCACGCCCCGGGGGAAAUGGUACCGCUGCCGCUUCUGCGGCAAACGCUUCGCCCACUCUGGCGAGUUCACCUACCACCUGCGCAUCCACACUGGGGAGAAGCCGUACCAGUGCAAGGUGUGCCUGAGGUUCUUCCGAGGCCGCUCCACCAUGAUCUGCCACCUGAAGACCCACGCUGGUGCGCUCAUGUACCGCUGCACCGUCUGCGGCCUGUAUUUCUCCACGCUCAAGCUGGUGUCCUCCCACAUGGAGAUCCACAAGGACCACCUGCCUCCAGACUUCAACAUAGAGCAGACCUUCAUGUACAAUGACCACUCCAAAGAACCCCUCCCCGCCCUGGACACCUGAUCAGCUACUCCCACGUCUUUUUUUUGUCUUUGAGCUUGUCUGUCAUGCGUCUCUCUCUCUCUCUCUCUGUCUCUGUCUCUCUCUCUGUGGUUGUGGGCCAUAUCUAUAGACUUGUAGAAUGCAUUUAACUUGUUUUAUGUCUGUGUUUGAGAUGGUGUUUUGGAUGGAAGAGACCUGUUUUGUAGCAUAGCGUAAAAGACAUCAUCUUCUUCCUUGGAAGUAGUUUAGCCACUCGAUGGCAGUGUAUGCACUGUUGUCUAUGGAAGGACUUGUUACUGUUUGCAAGCUGUCUUUUCCUAAAUUGCAGUCAAACAUUUUCCUGUCAAACAGUGUUGUUUUUCUGUCAGUUAAGCACCAUGUUCCAUGUAUUCAUUUAUAUAUGAAACACGUGAUGGACCGUCUGUGUCUGUCUGAGGGAAACACCAUAUUUACCACUGUGCACCAAGCGUUAAAGGCCCAGUGCAGUCAAAAACGUGAUUUCCCUGUGUUUUAUAUAUAUUUCCACAUCAUGUGGUUGGAAUAAUACUGUGAAAUUGGGACAAUUAUGUUUGUGAAAAGACGACCUGAAAUUCCAGCCUAUUUUAGUGGGGUGGAGUUUUUGCCUGCCUGGUGACAUCACCAGACGGUAAAUUACUUAAUAGACCAAUAAGAAAAAGUUCCAAACCUCUCUGCCAAUUACUGCUACUUUUCAGUGUUCCCCUCAGACAGUCCUAGCAAAGUUAUUGCUUGCGAAAUUGUUCUUUGCUAAGAAGCUAUUUUAGUUUAUUUUUGACCAUU